UAUAAAAACAGAGAAAAAUAGAAAAUUAAAACCCUAAAACAACAAAACUCAUCAGCUUUGCUGUAUCUGAAACAAGUUGGAGAGUCGUACUUAACUCAACUCAACUCGCCGGAAAAACCGCCGGAGUUGCUCAUCGGCGCCAGAAUAAGUUUUUGGUGAAAUUACUACUUCAUCUUCAUGGCUAAUAAUCCAUCACAGCUUCUCCCAUCAGAGCUGAUUGACCGCUGUAUAGGUUCAAAAAUAUGGGUGAUAAUGAAAGGUGACAAGGAGCUUGUUGGUACUCUUAGAGGCUUUGAUGUGUAUGUCAACAUGGUCCUUGAAGAUGUUACCGAAUAUGAGAUCACUGCUGAGGGGAGAAGGAUUACUAAGCUUGAUCAGAUUUUACUCAAUGGAAACAACAUUGCCAUUUUGGUCCCUGGUGGUUCACCUGAUCCAGAAUGAAUAAUGCUACUUGGUUUCCUCUAUUUUUAACUCUUAGAUGUUGCACAAGGCACAUAUUUCCUAUAUUUAAAGAGGAUUCUGAGACAAGCUAGGGUUUUUUCUUCCGAAAGCUUGUUUUAAGGAUACAUGAUUGUAGUAACUAUUAAACCUUUAUCAUCAUCAUGUUCAAUUGUGGAUUGUCCAGUGUAACAAGUAAUGGUAUUGAUUAUAACAAUUAACUGUGCACCUUCAUAUU